GGCGGAGAGGCGGGGCGAGCGGCGUGAGGUCAUCGGAGAGCGCCGCUCGCGCCGCGGAGAGAGCCGGCGCGCCAUUGACGUCACCGCCGCCGACCGCUUUCCGGGAGGCAGGAGUGGAAGGCCCGCAAGUUGGUCAUAAUGGCAGGCGAAGAAAUGAAUGAAGACUAUCCAGUAGAAAUUCAUGAGUAUUUAUCAACAUUUGAGAAUUCCAUUGGUGCUGUGGAUGAGAUGCUAAAGACCAUGAUGUCUGUUUCUAGAAAUGAGUUGUUGCAGAAGUUGGACCCACUUGAACAGGCAAAAGUGGAUUUAGUUUCUGCUUACACAUUAAAUUCAAUGUUUUGGGUUUACUUGGCAACUCAGGGAAUUAAUCCUAAGGAACAUCCAGUAAAGCAGGAAUUGGAAAGAAUCAGAGUGUACAUGAACAGAGUCAAGGAAAUAACAGACAAGAAAAAGGCUGGCAGGCUGGACAGAGGUGCAGCCUCAAGAUUCGUUAAGAAUGCUCUCUGGGAACCAAAACCUAAACAUGCAUCCAAAGUUGCCAAUAAGGGAAAAAGUAAAAAUUGACCUUUUGGUUUUGGUGUACAGAUAUUCAAAAAGUACAUCAUUUUUUAAUUGUUUUUCACAAAAUAGAUGAUGAUGAUGACGUGGCAAUGUAGGUUUAAGUGUAUUUAUUCCUUAUUGAAUUCUUAUAUAAAAUUGACAUUUUAAACUUGUAUUGCUAAAUACUUUUCCCCCCAGAAAGAUUGGUAUCUUUAUUGGUUUUCUUAUAGAACACCAUGCAGUUUUUAACAUUGUGGUAUAUUUUAUAUUUAUAGUUUACCAUCUCUCUUGACAAAGACUUAUUUCCUUAUAUAGGUUGGUCUUUCAAGUGCCACUUUAUAAGCAACUGUGAAAUUUAAGUUAAAUGUUCUUUGUAAACAUUUGUCUAUUUUCAAUGAAUAAUAACCUUAUGAAGUAUGCUGACGUUAUAAAUACAUGUUUUCACUGUAUAAUAUUAAGAAAGAAUGAAAUGAUGUAAAUGUCCAUUUUAAUCUGUGUAGUUAUUUCAUUAUGCUUUCAUGAUUUUGGGAAUUAUUGCGUUUUUGAAAUUUGAAGUACAAAAUUAAGACUUUAAGGUUAUUCUUUAAUUCUUGGCACUUUGCCACUAUAUCCCAUUUGAAGUAAAAUAUAUUCUCAUUAACUUUAGAUGGGAAAUGAGGUUGUAUAUUGAUGGCUGAAUUUUGGCAUAAUGGCUGUAUCCAGUCAAUAAAGCUGUAAAUGUUGUAUAGCUGGCCUGUUUAUUUUUUCUCUUUUGAGUAAACUUGUCCUUGAAUUAUGAGGGUAGGUUUUAGAAAUGCUGAGGAAUAGAGAAGUUCAUGAAUUUUUGUUCCUUAUGCAUAGCGCCCACAGUUCUUGUGGCCUCUCUUCAGGUUUUUUUUCAGUGUGUUUCUGAGGCUAUAGCAAGUGCAGACAGGUGUUUUGGAACAGCUUCCUCUGUUAUGUAGUGCCACUUACGCAGAGCAGAAGUCCAAAGGAGGUUACGUCAUGUUUAUAGUCUGAUUUAUUUUUCUGUAAUAUUUGUUACAGAAAAUCCUAAAUAUUAAAAAAAACUCAAUUUUUAAAAAAAUGUCGAGGCCCAUGACUUUUAAUCUUAUGCCCUUAAUGCUUUCAGUCUUUGAAUCCACAUCAUUCUGUGUAGGAAUGCCAAGUACAGUAAAGUAAUUUAAUUUUUGAAAAAGAAGUUGUUAAAAUUUUCUGUGUGAUUAAUUCUCCAUAAGUAACCUUGAAUAAAUGGAUUUCUUGAUUUAUGGCCACAGAUAUUGGAAAUGGUCUUAAAAUGUAAUGGAUUUUGUAAAGCAUGUUGAACCCUGUCUCUGACACACAGAGAGGAAGUCACUGAUAGUUGCAGAACGUCUUCUGGCUCUGGUGUCAGACAGUUUGAAGUGGAAGAACGUUUAUAAUUAUUUCACUCCUUUUUUCACCUUCAUCCCCUCAAAUUUCUAGGUUUUUUUUUUUUCGAAGUAACUUCAUAAGAGAAAUAAAUGUUAUUAAGA